AUGGGUUGAAUCAUCGCAGGCAGUACAAGAAGUAGCUGAAUUUGAGCAUCAAGAGCAUGGAGUGGUGCAUGCAAUGCAAGUAUUUUGGCUAUUUGAAAAAAUCCUGCAUUGCAGGUGCAUAGAAGGGUAGCAGCAUCAAAAGAAGCCUUGAAAUCAGAGCACGUGCACGUUCCUGCAGCUGAGUCAAAGGUCAUAUGAGUUGAAUCUUCACAAGCAGUACAAAAAGUAGCUGAAUUUGAUCAUGAAGAGCACAGGCAUGCACAUGCAGUGCAAGCGACUUUGUCAUUUAAGUAA